UCCAUCUCUUAAACCCUCUGGACCUUAAAAGUUAAAACCCCCGAUCGGAACUGCACUGCCCAGCUCCACAAGGCCACCCAGAAAUGGCGUCCUCGGUCUCGGGGACGAUCGUCCCAAGAUUCACGGCCGACACUCUCCGCUCCGCCGCCAAACUCUCCCAAGGCUGCCACGUGGUCCCCGUCCGCCUCCGCCGGGCCAUCAAAAAAUACCUCCGUGAAAAAGAGGACCCACAUAUGAAAAGGAAAGUGUUGAGCUUGUCUGAAUCCUUUCACGAAGUCAAGGAAGUGAAUCUGCUGCUGCCGAGGUCGACUUCAAAGGAGCUAGUGGAAGAUCCCCUGAAGAGCAUGCAAAGCUCAAAAAGAUGGAAGAUUAAGAGUGCUUAUGGGGACAUUGGCCUCAAGUAUAGAGAUGAUGAGACUAUUGCCUACGUGGCAUCUCGGAUGCCGGCCGUCUAUGCCGCCUGCUACAGAGUACUCAGCGAGGUGAAGAGGAGAUUGCCGGAUUUUUCUCCUGCUAAGGUGUUGGAUUUUGGGGCUGGGACUGGUUCUGCAAUGUGGGCUUUGAGAGAGGUUUGGCCGAAGUCGAUGGAAAAGAUCAAUUUGAUAGAGCCAUCACAGUCUAUGCAGCGGGCGGGGCAGAGGCUUAUAAAAGGUAAAUAUAUGCUGCAUUGCUUGAGUUCGAACAAUCCUUACGUUCUCACUCGUCUAACUUCUUCCUUUAGCUGUUUACGUAUGGAGUCUUAUCGAGUCUUAUAAAAUGUUUACGCAUGGAGUCUUAUAAAGGUUCCCUUUUUCCACUCUUAUUUCACGUUGUUAGUACAGAUGCUUGAAGUACCUUCAGUUUAAUUGCUAAAGAUUAUUUUUGUACAAUUCAAUAAGCCCAAAAAGGAAAAAAGUGAAAUUAAGUUCAGGUAAAGAAAUUAGAUUAUUGUUUUCUUUGAACAUGGAUACCACAAUACAGCAACUUGAUGUAUUGAUUGCUGCACCUUUUAACUGAAACAAAUUCCAACCUAAUUUCUUGAAUUCCAAUGUAGAUGAGCAGUAUGUCGAAUUAAGUGUUCUUAGGCAUUUAGAGUUACUAAGCAGACAGCCUUGCAAAAUAACGGGGAGCUUCAUAUGCUUUGAGAAUUAUUGUUGAUUUUAGGCUCAAUUUU